AUCAGGAGACUGACAAAAACGUCAAAACAUUUUUAUGUUCGGUUAAAAUACGGCACGAAAGACAUUCAUUCGUUUAUUCCUUUAAAAUUGUUUAAUCAAUUGCUACGUAGUUUUUAAAAAAAAUGCUUGGCUUCGUUAAAGUAGCUUCUUUCCAACUUUCACGAAGAGUUUGUACAAAUUCUCAAGUUUACGUUCUACAGAAUCUAUAUGCUUCGAAGCCUUCGAUUCGCAACCAAAUCAAGACAGAUAAUUUUAAAUCAUAUGAAGACUUGGGGAAAGUUAAGAAAUUCGUAUUCCGAGAGCUACAACAGGAUGAAACGGGCUUGGGUCCCAUACCGACAGUUGAAGAGGAGGCCAAAUUCGGAGAGUACAAAAACCCAGAGUACUACUCUUAUCAUAACUACUCAUACUACGACUUUGAGUUGGGUAUCCAAUGCAUGCAUCUUCCCCAACCCUGUGCUAUCGAUGAGAAUGAUUUGUUGACCAUGGUGCGAAAGGCUUGCAUUGGAGAAGUUGAAGAUCAUUCCGGAAGGUGUUGUCCUCCGCCAAAGUGUACAGUAGAGUGCAUGAAAGAAAGUUCUUCCAACGAUUUGGACGAGAAGGAACGCAAACCGAAAUCGAAUGGUGAGGAGGGUAAAUGUAUUCAGUCUAUAGACUCUUCGACUUCGCAAGAGAAAUGUUCGAUUGUUGAAAAGGAUGACAAAGAAUUGCAUAAGGAUAAUAAGUCAGUAACUGAUUCUGGCCCUAAAUGUGGAAAUCAAGAUCCUGAGAAACAGCAAUCUAACAAAUGUGGAAAUCAUGAUACCGAGAAACAUAAAUCUAAUAAAUGUGGAAAUCAAGAUACUGAGAAACAGAAAUCUAACAAAUGCGGAAAAGAUAAAGAAUAAAUUUUCAAUUGUAAGAAAAUAUAUUUCGAGCAAGCUUUGACAAAUAUAAAUACUUGUUCAA